AUGGCCCACUCUCCGCUAUACGAACCGGUUAACCAUGAAAAGUGUUCCAACUCCACCUGCAGAUUUGGCAAUAUUAUGGACGCCUUAGAAUGCGAGAAAUGUGGAACAGCGCUCACUGGUGGCAGAUCGGCUUUCCACCACAGCCACUCCGGUGCCAACUUUAUUACACACCGCCACAUCAUAUUUGAAGGACUCUCACCGUUCGGGGGACAGCAUUUGGAUGGAGACGAUGGAUCAGUUAAGCCUUGCUGA